AUGGCUGCUGCCGACGGCGCAGACCCCCCGACUAGCAGCGGGCUCCCUCUUUCUCUCCCUCUCCCUCUCCGCUUUGAUGCCCAGGGCGAGCCACUCCGAACAGGCGUGAGCGGGCUGAGGGGCCUCGGCACGACGUGGCUGCGCAAGCUUGCCGCCGCCGCCCACUCGUCAUCCCGCACAUCGUCGGACAUUUACAGCAAUGCGGCCUUGGACAUUGAGGCCAACGCAGACUCUGGUUGUCGUGCAACGCCAGGCCGUGAGCCGCUGUGGGAGCCAGACGGGCACUUUACCGCCUCAGCUGGACGUCGCUGGAGGCGUAAGGGACCAGAAUGUGGGGUGGUGGUGGAAGAGGAACAACAGGAGCAGGAUGCGGCCGGACCAGUGUCGUAUGUGGCCGUCGACAACAGGUUGGACGACCCAAUGCGCCACUUACGAUACUCGCUCGACGAAAGACAACACGACCAAGAGGAGGUCACUGUACCACCGGACACGGACGUUGCAAGCGCGUACAGUACUGAGGCGGGCGGCAAGGCUCGACACAGUUUCAAUCAAGGCGUAUCUGGCCUCCUGUACACUUUGCUGUACCGCCGCGUAUGGCUGCCACUGUGUAGCUUUUGGAACUCGAGCUUCCCGGAUAAGGCCAAAGAGGAUACCUUCCAACGGGAGCAAUGGCGAGCCAACCGGACGAGUGCAAUGUGGGCCGCCAUUUACAUGAUCCUCGCUUGGGCUGUGUCAUUCUCGGCCCUCAGCUGGCGCCCCACAUUCAUCGGCGUUGAUGGAUUCUUCUCGUUGCCUUUGCCCUUGUUCGUUUACCUUAGCGGACAAAGACGAUUCCCCAUCGUGUAUCAGCUCUUCGUCGUUGGUGUUGCAUGGGAUUUGGGACUUUUUCAACUAAUUGCCUUUUAUAAUUGCAAAAGCCAUGGCACCGCGUCUAGUUCCUGUGGCACGGAGACGUUGCUCUUCUUUUUCGCCUCGCUCUUUGCGUUCCCGACCAUUGCACUGAUCGGCCUGGGAAUGAACCGGGUAGUCUACCUCAUUACGACCAUCGCAUACUUCAUCCUGGCGCUUGUGUUGCUCUAUAGCGACUCCGUCCCGGACACCCCUAGGGGUCUAGCGUAUAACAUGGUUCUUUUCCUCCUGUUCCACAUCUUCCUCACGGUCAACUCGUACCUCCGGGACCACUCAGACCGAUUACUCUUCUCCCUCCGCUCCCAGCUGAAGGAUCAGUACCGGGCGGUCCAGGGAGCACAGGUGAUGGAACGCCGAGCAGAGGAGUCCAAGAAGCGUUUUGUCUCAUACAUCUUCCACGAGGUCCGCGUUCCGCUCAAUGGCGCACUGCUAUCAUUCCAGAACCUCGACGAGGAGGGCGCGUUCCGCCACUUAUCCGAGGACCAGCAAGACAUGGUCCUCGGCCUGCACAGCACGCUGAACAUGAUGGAAAAGGUCUUGAAUGAUGUUCUUUCGUUCAACCGUAUGGAAUCCGGCAACCUCACACAGGCGCGCAAACCAUUUGCUUUCCACAAGUACAUCCAAAUUGUGGCGUUCUCCCAGAAGCCCAAGUCUGACCAACUUGAGCUCAAACUCCACCUUGAUCCCCGCGUUGACGAGGUCUGUGGUGGUAUAUUUAUUGGAGACGAAAUGCGGCUGCGUCAAAUCGUUUCAAACCUCGUCUCGAACGCGAUCAAGUUUACGGAGCGGGGGAGCAUACAUAUCAGGACGGCACUUGUGUACCCGCGUCUCCCAUCCGCGGCCGACUCGGACGCGACUGUCGGUAAUGGUGAAAAGCCUGCCCCGUCCUCACUUGAUUCGACGGCCAACGCCGAGCCGCCUGGGUGCAGCCCUGGCCUCAGCGACUCUCCUAUGCUUGACCAUAUGGACAGCAAGCGUAUGGACAGCAAGCGAAGUAUUGCGCAGCAGGAUUCCGUUGGACAGCAGCCAUACACCACGGCUGUUAUCCGAGUUGAGGUGGCAGACUCGGGCGUUGGGCUAACGUACGCCGACGUGAAAGAUAACCGACUCUUCUCCCCAUAUGUUCAAACAGAAAUUGGACGACGACAAGGGGGCAAGGGAUCAGGACUGGGACUGGCGCUCGUCAUGCAGAUUGUCAAGCUCAGUGGCGGGCGACUUGGCGUUGAGAGCGAGCUGGGUAAAGGAAGCACGUUCUGGUUUGAAAUUCCCUAUGCGAUUCCGUCGCCAAACACAACGCCCACCAGUCCGUCCGAGGCCAACUUCAGAUUGCGUACCAUGUCCGGUGAAGCUAUUCGUCUUGGACGACGACGCAACUCAGCACCAGACAUGGGCCCGACGACCCCGUUUGUUUGGAACACGAGCCUAGACUUGACACCGCGGCAGCCAUCGCCGCCCUUGUCGCCUACCGUUGCACUGGUCCGUCGGCCAAGCGCUGUCCGAUCAACCACAGAUCCACCCCCCCUACCAUCGCAGAACGAUUCUACCACACCCUUGUCCACGCUCGUAGUCGACGACGAUCCACUCACGCGGAAGCUCAUGUCCCGUAUGAUCAAGCGUUUGGGCCACCAAGUCACAACCGCCGAGCACGGCAAGGACGCACUGGACCUCAUCAUGGAGUCCCACCGUAAGACUCCGGGAGCGGCGGUGUUUGACAUUGUGUUCCUCGACAACCAAAUGCCACAAAUGUCAGGCGUGGAAGUGGCCCGUGAAGUGCGUGCGGUCAAGUGCGAUUUGUUCAUUGUUGGCUGUACGGGCAACGCGCUGCGCGAAGAUCAAGAUGAGUACCUGGCUGCCGGGGCGGAUGUGAUCAUCACGAAGCCUAUACAUCAGGCCAGUAUCGUGGCGAGGCUGGAGGAGGCGAGGGCGAGGAGGUCUGCGCGACCGGAAUCUUGUUGA